AGCUCAGGGCUAACAGCUCUCCUAGCUCGGGGCUAACAGCUCGAUUAGCUCAGGGCUAACAGCUCUCCUAGCUCGGGGCUAACAGCUCUCCUAGCUCGGGGCUAACAGCUCUCCUAGCUCGGGGCUAACAGCUCUCCUAGCUCGGGGCUAACAGCUCUCCUAGCUUGGGGCUAACAGCUCGAUUAGCUCGGGGCUAACAGCUCUCCUAGGUCGGGGCUAACAGCUCGAUUAGCUCGGGGCUAACAGCUCUCCUAGCUUGGGGCUAACAGCUCCCUUUAAAGAGGAAGUUCUGGUCAAAGCCGAGCAUGUUAAAUGCUCCUGCUUCUCUUCUUCGUUGGUUUUACUAAAAACCACACCACCAUCCUCUGUAGAAAAUCUAUAUGUGGCGGCUCAUGUUGGUAUUGCUGGAUAAUAAAUGAACGUGUGGGAAACACUGCUGAUGCCAGAACCGGUGCUGUGUGAUGAAUACAGAUUCUGUCUUUCUGGGCGGGUCUCAGUUUAGACCUUGACGGGCCUGUGAAGGAAACCCUGCUGCUGGACCCUGGAGUUCUCUCUGAAGGACCCGGGUCAGAGUCCAGAGAGUCCACUAACAGAAACAAGAACAGGAGGGUCCACAGAGCCCCUUUAAUAUUCUGGUGCCGCCCGGUGAACUUCAUCUUCUGUUAGGAGAGUGUUGAUGAAGAUGAAGAUGUAAAUAAUUAUGAAAUGUGAUGUUUGCAUUAAACUCUUCUCUCUCUGACAUUUUGUUUUAUUGUAUUUUUUUUUCUUUUUCAAAAGUGUGCGUGCGUGAGCGUGCGUGCGUGUGCGCGGGGGCGUGGAGGGGAGUGUUGCGUCCUCUCACGUGACCAGCCUGUCUGUCCGCUCCCGGUCCGGGUCUUUGUUGUGGUUGCAGCUGCUGCUCUUCUUUUUACGCACCGCGGCUCGCUGACGCGCCUCUUCACGCACCGCACCGCACCGCACCGCACCGCACCGCAGGAGCUCCGCGAGAAUCAGCCCGACCGGCAGUGAGGACGAGCCGGGUAGCUGCGUGGCGCGACACCCGCCACAGACACGCUGCGUGGCUCACAUCGAGCCAACAAAAAAAAAAAAAAAAGAAAGGAGAAGACGCGGAGGUUCGGUGCGGAGGUUCGGUGCGGAGGGCGGACGGGACGGGAGAAUGCAGCCGCUGCCUCCUCGGCUCCCUCUCUGGACUCACCGGACCGCCUCCUGAAGCAGCUCCCCGCACAUUCCUCCAUCUUCCCCGCACACUGCGCGUCUCUCCUGCGGGAGGCAGCCGGGCUGCUCGCUGUCGGAUUACACCACAUUGUUUGCACGCCUCCUUUUUUUUUUCUUCCUCCACCUGAAUCGAGACUUGCGUGAUUUUGUCCUCCUUCAUCCUCCUCUUCAUCAUGGUGUCGGGCCCCACGGCUGGAGGGAGGUGUCCCGGCGGGGUCUUCCCGUACCUGGUGUCCGCCUGCCUGCUGUCCGCGCUGCUCCACCUGCCGGAGGCUCGGGCGUCUUAUUACCCUCAGAGCGGAGAGUGCAAAGGGAAGAAGGACUGCACAGAUCUGUCAGAGAAGAAGAGCGACCUGAGGGUCUGCGACGACUCCACCUGUCGAUUCGGAGGCGUCUGCAGAGACGACGGCGCUCAGCUCAAAUGUGUCUGCCAGUUCCAGUGCCACAAACACUACGUCCCCGUGUGCGGCUCCAACGGAGACACCUACCAGAACGAGUGCUACAGGCGACAGGCGUCCUGCAAACAGCAGAGGCUCAUCUCCCGGGUGUCGGACGGGCCCUGCUCCGCCGAUCCUGGAUCCGGCUCAGGAGACGGAGACGAUGAUGAAGGUUCAGGCUCCGACGUCGGGAAGAAGUUCACAAAGUGCAGCACCUGUAAAUACGGAGCCGAGUGUGACGAGGACUCGGAGGACGUCUGGUGCAUCUGUAACAUCGACUGCAGCGGUCACAACGAGAACCCCGUGUGCGCCACCGACGGGAACUCCUACAACAACCCCUGCCUGGUCCGAGAGGCGUCGUGCAUGAAGCAGGAGCAGAUCGACGUCAAACACCUGGGCAGGUGUCCCGCUGAUAAAGAGAAACUGGGGAAGAAAGACGACAGCAGUCCUUUCAAAGUAAACGUCUUAGAAACCACGGGUCUGGACCACGGCGACGGUUUCUACGCGGGGAUGCCGAUCCCCUGCGCCGACAGCUACGCCGGCUUCUGUGUUCACGGGAAGUGUGAGAUCAAAUACAACAUGGCCACCUGCAGGUGUGAUGCCGGCUAUAAAGGCGCUCAGUGUGAGGAGCCUCAGGACUUCAACAUCCUCUACGUGGUUCCCAGCGGACAGAAGCUUCACUACGUCCUCAUCGCCGCCAUCAUCGGCGCCGUGCAGAUCGCCAUCAUCGUUGCCGUGGUGAUGUGCAUCACAAGGAAAUGUCCGAAAAACAACAGGGGUCGCCGGCAAAAACAAAACCUGGGACACUUUUCCUCGGACACUAACUCCAGGAUGGUAUAGCCGCGACGGCCGCGGUUCUUUUUGAUAAGUUUUUUCGUACGGCGUGGGAAGACCAUUUUUUUAACGGUAGAUGUUAACGGUAUCCAUUUUGUUUCUCUCUCUCCUGGGAAACCAUUAAAAAAGAAGAAUGAGAAUAUUUAUUUAAGGGGCCUUAUUUUCCCUCCUGCUACGUUUUUUCUUUUCUUUUUUUUUUAUGGACGGGAGAUUUUUUUGCGCAUCAAUUUUUCUGGAUGGUGAUUUUUCUUUUAAACAAAAAAGAAAAAAAAAAACAAGAAGGAGGAUCCGAAUCGUCCGAACCCGCUGUCACUUUCCAUCGUUACCAUGUCUGCUGUCUUAAUGACUUCACACUGCUUCCUUAGAGGUUUUGUUGAACGCUUUAUGAAAAUGGUUCCUUUGGUAAACUGGCUAAUAGAUUAACGUCCGCCCCGUCUGGAAUGUGAUAUUUAUUGGACAUGAUUAUUUCUACGCCCCUCUCUGUUUGACGUGUUACUAAUAAUGUGCAGCUGAUCACCAAAUGCAGUUUGUUUUUCAUUUGUAAUGUUUCUGUAGGAGGUGAGUGGGCAGCCAGUGAUAUAGAAAUGUUUACACUUAUUCUUUUGGUAUGAAAGUUCAUGUAAAGACGUCACUGUGUUCAAACAAGCUAAUAAUUUAUUAUUAUUAUUAUUAUUAUUAUUAUUAUUAUUAUUAUUAUUAUUAUUAUUAUUAUUAUUAUUAUUAUUAUGUUUUCCUUUCAAGUAGUUAAUACUUCAAGUUUUUAUGUUAACUUUUUAUUUCAAAUGUUGUUUUCUAAAACUUCUAGUUCCUGUAUAUUCGCAUGACUUGUGAAAACUGUGUACUGUGGUGUAGUUUAAACUUUUUAAAAGAAAAGCCGACGGCCUCGACGCCUCCUCCGUCUCAGAGCCGCUGAGAUCUGUGAAGCGCUGUUGAUGACGGGAGGACGCCGAGCUGCAGGUUAGAGUCGCUGUCGUGAAGAAAAGAAUGUGUAAUGUUUGGAGCUACGGUCGGCUGUCUUCACAGCGCUGGAAGCACAGCGACGUUCUUCUAAAACCGCUCGUUGCUUCGACGAGGAGCCGAGUCGUGUUGAUUUUAACGCUCAGACGCAGGAAUGUUUUUGCAUCUUCAGAGGAUUGUAAAGGAAGUCGUGUCGGCUGUUUCGGGGGGUUGAAGGACAGACAGCAAACGGACGUCAAAUCUAAAAGACAUUUUUUAACGUACCGGGGAGAGAACGUCUCGGUUGCUCGUGGAUGUAAUCAAGGUGUUUUGUCUUUGGAUGUGAGAGAAUAAUAAUGUCUUUUCAUUUUUAAUUUACUUGUUUUAGAUUUUGCAUUUGUUCCUCAGCGAGACGUUCCACACACAGACGAUCCCUCACAACCAGAAACAUGGAAACAUAACAAGAGUCACUAAGAGUCCGUUUCCUCCUGGUGGCAGCAUGUGGUCCGAUCCAGGGUUCACACAUGUGACUGCAGCUCACUUAUUCAAGUCUCUCUGCGUGUUCAUAUGAUGACGUCUUAAACAUCGUUAAACAGUGGUGACGGAUGCUCUCAUGCAAAACCUUCAGACAUGAAACGAAAAAAAGCAUUUAGUCGUCAGGAUCGAUCUUUUCUGUGGCGUCCGGUCGUGUUCCUGUGUUUAAUGUAACGAAACCCGUUGAUGUGUUUUAUAUCAAAGAUGGUAACGCUGUCACAAACUAAACCUUCUUACAAAUCUGUGAUCAGGAAACACGUCUACCACAGUUAGCAUGCUAACCAGCUAGCUCCUGAUAGCACUCUGUAGCUCAGAUACCAGCCUGUAGUUUCAGCUGGAGAUGUAAAAGCAGCCAGUCAACAAUAUAAACUCACUAAAUGUCAAGAAAGGAAAUAUUCUGAUACCUGUUUUCCCUCUGAACAGAAAAAUAUAAGUUUGAGAUCAAUUUUUUUGUCUCUGACUGAACUCAGACCAGUUUAAUCUCCUCGUCAAACUCACUUCAUACAAACUGGACAGAAACUGAAUCAGAGUCACCAGAACAGUUCUGGUUUGUCUCCACGGUCUCCUCUGGUUCGGUCCAGAUAAAUCCCCACUUCACAGUAACAUGUGAAGAUAUUCUGUCCCUACACGCUGAUGAUGUCCAGUCAUAGUCCUGUAAAUCACCUCUGUACCAUCACCCGUCUUCAGACUGACCUCCGUCGCUCUCAGAGUCUGAGAUCACCUCCAGUCUGCAGCAGCGUGCCAUAUUCAGUUCAGUUAUGUUGUUCCCUUAAGCUAAUCUUUGAAGCGGUAUUAGAAACAUCACCCUUUUCUUUCCCCCGCCAGUUCUCAGGUCAUCAGCACAGGAGAGAACACAACCUGCAUCAGACUUUGAUCAAAUUGAUCACCAGUAAAUCAAAACUUCUCACUUCCCCCUCAGGGGUUCCAUAUGAGACUGUGAGGAGCUUAAAGAGCGUGAAGACGUUAAUGAUCAGUGAAUUGGUUUGGGCCCGUUCACACCAGCAUUAUAACUGUGAAGGUUUGGACCAAAACUAAUUAAUUUCAAUGAAAUUGUCACAUUGAGUGGAUUAGCUGGUGACUCAAUCUGCACUGACCUUUUGUUUGGAGCUCAGACACACUUGAAUCACACUUACUACAAAUGAUGUUGACAGUUCUGACCUUUAGCCAACCGGUCCAAAAGUGUGACGCUGCUACAUUAGCUGUGUAGCAUCAUGUGGUUCUUUAUAACCUUGCUGGAGAUUAACUGCACGAUGGUACACACAGCUCUGUGAUUAUUGUGUUAACGUAGUGUCCGAUUAAUGACCAAGAGAGCUCACAAGCUACCCUGUCACCUUAUGGCUGGCUAGUACUAGCAUGUGUGCAGGUAGCUAACAUAUUACCUGCUAGCUUAGUAUCCACAUUCACAGACAGUAACAACAAGCAUGUAACAGGCAGCCAGUCAAGCCUGUUGCACAACUGCUUGUGAGUAAAUGGCCCAAGUGACGAACACUAGCAUGAGUGUUGCUGCCUGAUGCUGUGACAGCCACCAAGCUGAGUCCGCCUGCUCACAUUUAUGGUCCUUCAAUGCCAGAAUCACAUCAACAUUAAGACUUAAUCAGUCCAACACUGUUUCCAGUAAUACCAGUAAAUUCAGCUAGCUCAACACAAUCACCAGAGUAACUGUUGAAUGUACAUUUCUACCACAGCUACGUAGAAAUCUUACAUUUCUUUAGGUUGCAAGUUUCUUUCUCUUGUGGUUCCAUUUUUUUCCAUCUCCUGAUGUCUUGUCAAAAAUAUCUGUUUUUUAUUUCUACAAAAGCAGCUGGAAAUCCUGAGGCCUCCUUAAAAGUAUAGAGAUGUUGAAACUGAGUCUUGAACAGUGGUCUCUGGCUUGGCAGCCUUCUCGUCUAGUUGCAGCUCCCCUCCGGCUCACAUGCCGACAUUUUACUUCGGCAAGCUAACAGACUUUUAGCCCGUAUAUGUUAAAAUCAUUCCAAACUGAAUGAAUUACAUGAAAACAGCCGAUGAGCCACAUGGGUCCAACGACAACAUCUCCAAAGAGCAGUUUUCAUUCACAGUGAUUCGCUGUAGCGUUUGUUUUUAGCUACUUAGCUAAUAGGACUACUUAGCUCCACAGCUAACUGAGCUACCACCUGUUUGUCUUUCAUUUGACAACGUUACAUCAGAGGAAGAAGGAUGUGGGUGUGUGACGUGAUCAUACAGUGAAAAAAAAGGAAAAAUAACUUGCUGAACAGAUGAGAGAUGUUCAGCUGGUAGAGCUCAGAGUUCAGACAAAAAGUUGCUGGCGCUCAGAAGAAUCAAUAUGUGGAAACGGGUUUGUAAAGCUAAAAGUAAUAAAUGCAUAAUAUGUGACCUUAAGAUCCCGUGUCAACACCAGAUUACAGCUUCGGUACCUUUUUCUCGUUGUGUAUCUGCAGAGGAAGUGAACCUGAGCGCGCUGGGAUCCAGAAUGUGAGUUCAGGGGAAAGUCUGUCUUCUCUGGAUGUUUGUGAUUUUAAUUUUCUGUCACAGGAGUUUUUCUUUUGUUGUUCUGUGUUCGUCUGCGUCUGCAGGUCGUAGGUAAACUCCCCUCUGUCCUCCGCUGAGCAGCGUGUUUCUACUUGUUGUCGACCAUCGCAGCCGUGACUUCUCUAAAUGUGACUAGAAUGUGUUUGACAUGUUAAUAUUCUGCAUGUAGACUUUGAGAGGCUACUUUUGGUCUCUGCUGAAAUAAAAAAAGGAAAUGUUUUUUUAAUGUA